AGGAGGAGGGGUUUGGUUAGCGGCGAGACGAACUGCACCGCAGCGGGGCUGCGAGCGACCAGUCAGCGAGCAUUCCCUUAUCUACCAAUGGAAUGCAACAGCUGCAGCAGCCUGUGAGCGUGUGCGCUUUCCAGUCGGUGUGUUUGUAAAAGGGGGAGGGGGGGACGGUCAUGGUGGGCCGGCAGGAACCCCCCUGAAAGACCCCCAACUCUCAACCCCCCACGUUCUCUCGCAGCCGGGCUCCUGAAAGGCAGCGCAACCAAACGCGAGCGUGAGAGACACACAGAGAGAGAGAGAGAGCGAGAGACUCGACAGGGCAGCACGCUCCGAGACGGAGAGAGAGAGAGAGAGAGAGAGAGAGAGAGAGAGAGAGAGAGAGAAAGCAGAAAGUAAGGGAAGUGGAGCGGGGAGCCUCGGAAGGGGGUUGAGGAGGUGAGCGAAGGGUGAAAAGGAAGAGAGGCGAGGGAGAGGGAAAGACAAAAGCGAGGGAGAACCAGAGUGGAGGGAGACCAGAGGGAAAUGGCUUCGGAGGAGACCGCUGGAGGAGCUCGCAAAGCCACCAAGAGCAAACUAUUUGAGUUCCUCGUCCAUGGAGUGCGGCCCGGUAUGCCAUCAGGAGCACGAAUGCCUCACCAGGGGGCCCCAAUGGGGCCUCCAGGGCCACCAUUUGGAGGAAGCCCUGCUGUCCGGCCCGGACUCACCAAUCAGGCCAUGGAAGCCAGUCGUAAACGUCCCGCUCCUUCACAGCAGCAGAUUCAGCAGCAGGCCGUACAGAAUCGAAACAGGAAGAAGCCUGUUGGAUUUCCUGGACCAAAUGAGAUGCCAGGGAGACAGAUGGACAUGAGAGAGGCCCAAUCAGAUCCCACACUCGGAUCAAAUGCCAAGAGGAGGAAGAUGGCUGAUAAGAUCCUUCCACAAAGGAUUCGUGAGCUUGUUCCGGAGUCACAGGCGUAUAUGGAUCUGUUGGCAUUCGAGCGCAAAUUAGACCAGACCAUAAUGCGCAAACGGGUGGACAUUCAAGAAGCACUUAAGAGACCCAUGAAGCAAAAGCGAAAACUGCGUCUCUACAUCUCCAACACAUUUAACCCUGCCAAGCCCGAUGCAGAGGACUCUGAAGGAAGCAUUGCAUCCUGGGAGCUACGUGUGGAGGGCAAACUGCUGGAUGAUCCGGGAAAGAUGAAGAGGAAGUUCUCCUCAUUCUUCAAGAGUCUGGUGAUUGAGCUUGACAAAGACCUUUAUGGCCCUGAUAACCACUUGGUCGAGUGGCAUCGUACCCAAACCACUCAGGAGACUGAUGGUUUCCAGGUGAAGAGGCCUGGAGAUGUGAACGUGCGCUGCACACUGCUGUUAAUGCUAGAUUACCAGCCGCCUCAGUUUAAACUGGACCCGCGUCUGGCUCGUCUGCUGGGAAUACACACACAGACUCGCUCCAGUAUCAUCCAGGCCCUCUGGCAGUAUGUCAAAACUAACAAACUGCAGGACUCGCAUGACAAGGAGUACAUAAAUUGUGACAAGUACUUCCAACAGAUCUUCGACUGUCCGCGUCUGAAGUUCUCUGAAAUUCCACAGCGCCUCACCAACCUCUUACUUCCCCCCGACCCUAUUGUCAUCAAUCACAUCAUUAGCGUCGACGCUAAUGAUCAGAAAAAGACAGCGUGCUAUGACAUUGAUGUAGAGGUGGAAGAUCCCCUUAAAGCACAAAUGAGCAGCUUCUUGCUCUCCACAGCCAAUCAGCAAGAGAUUGCCUCUCUGGACAACAAGAUCCACGAGACUAUUGAGUCCAUCAAUCAGCUGAAGAUCCAGAGAGAUUUCAUGCUCAGCUUCUCCAGGGAUCCCAAAGGCUAUAUCCAGGACUGGCUCAAAUCCCAGAGCAGAGAUCUGAAGCUGAUGACAGAUGUUGUUGGGAACCCAGAGGAAGAGAGGAGAGCAGAGUUUUAUCAUGAGCCUUGGUCUCAGGAGGCUGUCAGCCGUUACUUCUACUGCAAGAUUCAGCAGAGGAGGCAGGAGCUGGAGCAGGCCUUGGCCUUGAGGAACACCUAGAACCCAAACCGACCACGUUCAGUAAACAUGGCUCAUUUGUGACAACACUGCAUUAUUUUCCGCAGUGUAUGGGGGUUUGUGUGCGCGUCCAGUCGUCAUUGUUGUCACUGUGACCUACGAUCCACCACACUGGACCAAUCACACCCUGUUACUCCAGCCGCCCCAUUGUAAAUUAUGUGCAUUUCAGCCAAUCACGGUGCUGUGUCUUCCAUUCCUGGAUGAAAUCAUCUCACAAUGCACUAUUUGGAUUUCUGGUUUUUAAUGCCGAUGACAUCCACCAGCAUUUUGAACUUGAUGACUUCAGAGCCGGCUCAGUCUCCUCGACUGUUGAUCCAACGUUGAUUCAGUUGCGAUUCAGCCUUCCUUCCUGUCAGUCAUCAAUUCCUGUCAUUCACACACAUUUUCCCUGUGAUUAACGUGUGUUUGGACUCAGGUAUUGAUGAUGUCUCUAAUCUAGUUCACACUUUUGUUCACACCAAUUUUGUUCUUGGGUGUUGAUCAAAAAGGUCAUUUUGUAUGUCUGUCAGUGUUGGGAAUCAGUGGAGCGACAAUAUUUGGCUCCAUUAUUAACACUUUUAUCCAGAAGUGUAUUUAUGAAGUACUUUGAGGGAGGCAGCUUAAAAAAGGAGAAUCGUUCAGUAUUAACUGAGCAGGUGGCUUGUAGGGUAUGUCCCUCUCUGCUGUCUGUCCCUGCCACAAUAAUGACAUUUAGCUGCGUUUUUAAUAGUAAAUAGUGUACAUAAACAAUGAUUGAGGGACAUUGUUUUAAUCAAGUAUUUAAUAGCUAUUCUGACAUAUAAAGACAAAACGGUAACUACACCCCCACUCAAGCGAGAAUGACUUUAAAGUUUCCCUUUUUUUUUUUUAACGUUUUGAUCGUCACACUUUUUUAUUUAAUUCUGUGUAGUUGCUGCGUUUUGCAUUUGUAGGAGAGUACUGACGUAGUCAUUAGUUCACUUUGAAGGAACUUGAUAGGUCACAGAUGCUUUCUGAGAAGUUUUCACAUAUACAAAGAAAACGGGCCAUACCAGCAUGCUGACACAAGUUAUUCAGAAAUCAAAUCUGCUUAAGUUGUGGCGUAUCAAAUACUGUGUCUGGGUCCAAGCCUCUGUUUCAAAUGGGAAUACAAUCUCAGCUGCCGUUUAUGAGCACUGCACAUUAAUGGGACACCUUUAAACUUCUAGUGUACACUACAAUCUGGGCAAACACCAAAAUUUUAGUCAUAAAAGAUGAAUCACUGUCUAGCCAACUGAGAUUUCAGUAUGAACUUAAAGGUUAGGAUCACAAUUUUUUAGUAGUAGUAUAGCACACAACAAGUGUAUAUUAGCUCCACUUGUUGUCUUUUUUGCGAUCUGAGGAAGUGUUUGGACCCAGAUGUGGUGACGUCAGACUAGAUCAUCAGUCAGCUAGAUAAAAGUGAAUAUUCACCUAAACCUUUUUUGUGCACAUGGCAUUACCGUCUUCUUGGAGAAGUUCCUUUAAAUCCAGCAUUAUUUUUUAUCCAUUUCAAUAGUGUUGUUUAAAAUAACAUACUGUGGGCAUUUGUGUUUCUCACCAAUGUCGAAGGAUUUUAUAGCAUUAGUGUUGUUCGAUGUUUUACCAAAGGUGUAAUUUACUUUUAAAAAGAUAGUGUACAGACUUUGACUAGAUGAAGGACUUUUUAAAAGAUGAAGGAUGAAUUUUUAGAAGUACACAUUUUAAAUUCCCAUUUCUCCAUAGCUGUGAAAACUGCUUUUAAAAAUUACUUUGACUCAUAGAGUCUUUGCACUAAAUCAUGAAUCAUACCUGAGCGCUCUAAACACUUUCUUGCUAAUUAUACGUCACCUAAACAAAAAAGUAGAGAAAUGAAGUAUGAACUCGGGAAUAAAUGUCACAUGACUUCUCACUGGCUCUGGGUUUUGAUCGUGAACCCUCUGCCGUUUCUUUACUGUCGAGUGAAGGAUAGUUUGUCCAGGUCAGUUAUUAUGUUCUUGCAGUUUGCCUGUGAUCCUCACACAUCUUCUCGUGAGGAAAGAGGAGUUCUGGUGACCUGCGUGUUGUCACUCAGAGUAUUUUUUCAGACCUAUGCAUGCUGCAUGGACACACUUUUUAUACUUUAAUACAAGGACAUGAGAAACCUUCUGACUGCUUGGGACCUGAUCAGAAGAGCACUGAGUUUCUUUAGUUAGUGACCCUCUGUGUCUGGGCCACAGCCUCUGCGUACAGUACCAACAUGUACAGCAGGGGCCAUUUUAGGUCACAUGUUAUUUUUUUGUUUUGUCUUUUAAAAAGACUUUGCAAUUUAAUACGGAUAAGAGAAGCACACCAAUGAUUUAUACAGAGCCUGUUGGGCAACGACAGCACCUCCCAUCGAAUCUUGUGGGUACUACAUGUAUAGUCAGCCAUUUUAAACAUUAUAAACUUGAAGUAUUAUAUCUACCUGUGUUGCUGUGUUAGCGACUGAACAAGGUUGUUUGUUCUCAUGUGUAAAGUAACCUAUUCUCUAAGCCACCAACUGUGCUUUACUUGACCACCAUUUGGUUAAGGGUUCAAUGUUACCAUCUCUCUCGUUUUAGUCAUAGUGUGGAUCUUGCUGCCCUCCAGUGCUUCUGUAAGGGAAAAUAUCCAACCGCGGGUGCUAAAACCACGCUUAUUGGUUUCGCUUUGAUUAAAUGCCACACAGGUAUUGAAGUAUUCAGUACUAGAGUUCGCCUGGGCUCUCAAAUCUUUAUUAUAACUAGGUUUUGGUUGUAGUGUCUUGUUUUUUUCUUUGGUUUGUUCAUAGAAGUCCUGCCAGCAGACAUCUGAACAAGUAGGUUUUAUGAUCCGCUAUGUAUUGUUUUCUCUCUCACACAGUCUGUAUAUGUUUGCUUUCUCAUCUUGUUCCACUGUUCAGCUAGAGAGAUCAAAACUACAGACGUACAUGUGUAGCAUAGUGAGGAUGUAAAUAAACAAGCGCUUGCCAAAGUUUGUGAAUGAAACACCAUACUGAAUGUGUGUUGAGAGUUUAUUCCGGUCAUGAGAAUUAGUGCCGUGGUUCUCAACCAAGACCCACAAGGGGGACUCAGUAAGGUAUAUUAAAGUCGAUCAAAUUACCUAAAUUAUUACUGAAACUGAAGGAAAAAAAAACAGAAGUGCAUGUCUGCUUAGAUUGUGUCUGUGUGUGUCUGAGAUCCACUGCAUUUAUUUAAAAUCAAGGGGGGUGAUCACUAUAUCAGGUGAAGUCACAUGGUUUGAUAAUACCAUUGCGGUAAUUAGGAAUAAAAGACUCAUCUCUGAAAACCA